AUGCAUGAUAAUAUUGACGAUAGAGAUGAUGAUGAUGAUGAUGAUGUGUUAACCCUAAGACAAUUUUCGGAGUCAUUUGAAGAAUUCGAUGAGUUGCAACUGCCUAAUCAUGAAAGAAGAAGACACGACAUGAGGCUUUUAUGGCAGCUCGCUGCAAAAUUCGGUAUUGGCCGGUGUUUUACUCAACAUGGAGUAAUAAUAGUUGUUGGUGCAGACGGCAAGCGAGUUCGCAUUACUUCGGCUGUUGAACUGGACAAGAUUCCUAUGCCGGUCAUACAAUCUGCUGAUCCAGUAAAAAAUACUGGUGCAUCAAAGGUGGCGACAAGAGAUUUUGAUGAAGAUUCGGAAGUUGGAGAAGGCAAAACAGUCAAGAGAGUAAACCUCACACGUUGGUCAGCUAGAGAGGAUGCGUGUAAAAGUUUGAGAGAUUCGUGGCACGAAGUCAUUAAAGCUUUGGAAGUAAUCAGGGACGAUUGCACGGAGAAGCCUGCCAGUCACAAGAAACGAAGCAACGGGAAUUCUCUCAAAGUUGAACAAACUGGAAACGGCGUUAAUGCCGAUCUUUAUGAAUCUCUCCGCAAGUUUUUCGUGGAUCAACGGGAAAACUUCAAGUAUUUUGAAGAAAUGGCGAUGGAAUUAAGUGCGUCGAAGCAGUACUCAAAAGACCUCGGAAAAAGACAACCGAAAAGAAAAAAAAAUGCUGACGAAACACCCGAGGAAGAAAUAAGUAUGACCGCGAAUGAUACUUUCAGAAUUAACACAUUCCUCGUCAUCAUUGAUAGACUCGCAUCCGAAUUGGAAAAAAGGAAGAAGGCGUACGACAAUUUCAAUGAAAAAUUUUCAUUUCUGACCAAAAUGAGCGAAUUGUCAUCAUCAACCCUUACGAAAAAGGCUCGGUCUUUAGAAGAAAUGUAUCCUAAUGAUUUAGAGACUGAAUUAGUUCAAGAAUGCAUACAUUUUCGAAGCCACAUUUCUUCGCAAAGCAUUCUGGUGGAACCAGAUUCUCCAUCGUUGCAAAGUCUAUCUUCGUUUCUGCGAAAACAGAGUUUGCAGAAUGUUUAUCCGAACUUGGACAUAGCCCUUCGUAUGGCCUUAUGUACACCAGCGACGAAUUGUUCGGGUGAAAGAAGUUUUUCUUGUUUAAAAAGGGUUAAAAAUUAUUUGAGAUCGACCUUGAGCCAAGAAAAAUUAAACGCUUUAGCUCUUUUGUGCAUAGAGUCAGAAUUGAUGAACAAAAUCACGUACGACGAUAUCAUCGAUGAUUUUGCCAACAAAAAAUCACGCAAAAAAGUAUUGUAA